GGAAGCUUAUGAUGUGUACUAAUGGAAUAUAAUACAUAGGUAGCAGAUUACAGUUCAACUGAGGAGGUGUGGGAAGAUUAUUUCAGGGUUAGGUCGAGGUCCUUGUGGUGGAGUUGAGAUACUCACGUCUGGGGUCGUAAUAUUUUGUCCUGCUAAAACAAGAGAAGGGAGGUCGUACUAUUGAUCAUACAAAUUCUUCCUUUAUUGGCCAUUCCCACUGCGACUGCGAGGAUCAAGAUCUUUCGCGGACUCAUUGUUCAUCUUCUUCUAACGUCUUCGUCUUCCUUCACCCUCGGUCGCAAAGAGGCUGAAAACUUGGCUCCCAUUGCAGACGAGCAGCUUUUGGGUGAGAGUAACAUCUGCAAUCUCUCAACCAUAUCCGAAGGCGCGCUCCUUGCGACAGUAAAAGCGAGAUUUGAAAGGAAGGAAAUUUAUACGAACGUAGCCAGAAUCGUUUUAGCACUCAAUCCCUUUGAGGAAUUGCAG